GCACUCACUGACUGUCUUGCUCUUUUUGCUGUGAAUUGUCUGCAUUGUGCUGCCGUGGUACUGGGCACUACUAUUUCAGCAGUGUCCAUUGAGCAACAAAUUAGCAAGAUGAGUUCUGAUGAGGACACAGGAGAUGUUACUACAGACAGCUCAGCUAGUGAAGAGGAAAGUGGUGACGACCAGCUGCCAGAAGGGCUAAGGGAUUGCUCUUUUGGUGAGUUGGUGGAGCUCCGCGAAAAGAUCGGUACCAAGAAGUUUGAUGCCGUGUACAGCUCCAAGAAAUCCAGCCUGCAGUCCGAUGAAGCGAAAGAGAAAAAGCAGUUCACUCGCACAAACAAGAACAGGCCUGUUGAAAAGUCUUCAAAGCAGCGAGUAUCCGCCUUUAAAGAUCCUCUUCGGAAAAAGAAGGUUGCUCGUGACCCUCGUUUCGACGACCUGUCGGGAAAGUUAAACCCGGAUCUCUUCCAAAAGUCUUAUGACUUCAUUGAGUCGUACCAAUCGACUGAGAAGAAGGAGCUUCGGCGUGAAGCCAAGCGGACCCGAGAUCCGAACAGGAAGUUAGAGAUUAACACGAUGCUAUCUCGAUUGGACCAGCAGGAGCGCAGGGACCAGCAGAGGAAAGAACAACAAGCAGCGAAGCGAGAGACUAGGAAGCAUCAACAGGAUCUGAUCAAGCAAGGCAAAAAGCCUUUCUACCUGAAAAAGAGUGACCAGAAGAAGCUGGAGAUUGCAACCAAGUUUGCUGAGCUGAAAAAGACGAACAAACUGGAUAAGUUUUCAAUUAAGAAAAGAAAGAGAAACGCAUCGCGAGAUCGGAGAAAGCUCCCCACUGUCGAUUAAUGUUCUCUCUCUCUCUCCCUCUCGCAUUGCUUUCUUGGAUUUGUCCAUUGUACAUACUUGUUAACCUUGCACAUUUGUAGUUAUAAGAUGUCUAACCCUUUAAAAAGUAGGCAGCAAAGCUUUCUGUACAUAUGAUAGAUAAACUACAGGCCAAGAUCCGUCUGAAACCCUGUACAUAGCUGUGUUGUGCAUUUUGGUUCUCGUAUUUCUGACUUUCUUGACCCAAAGUGGCUGUUGAACCAUUAAUUUUGUCUAUAUCGAUUGUGAGUCCACCCA